UUCAGUGCUGCAAGCGAGCUGUGACCUGAUCGUGGUCGAAGUGUGGCGGUCGGCAGCGAGACGAGGCAGUUUGAUACGUGUAUUAAACCAAGACCUGGCAGUAAUAGGUAUGGACUGCUUAGGUGGUCUAAGUGUGGGUGAACCACGCUUCUGUAUCCAGAAUUCAAUUUUGCUGAGCCUUCGCAACACACAGGAAGAGGAACCACCGGACCCGCAGCUGAUGCGUCUAGACAACAUGCUUAUAGCCGAGGGGGUAGCAGGUCCUGAAAAGGGUGGUGGUGCGGGGGCAGCAGCCAGCGCCUCGGCGGCAGCAUCGGGUGGUCCCGGACAGCCAGAUAAUGCCAUCGAGCACUCAGAUUACCGCGCCAAGCUCGCACAAAUCCGCCAGAUUUAUCACCAAGAACUCGAGAAAUAUGAGCAGGCGUGUAACGAGUUCACAACGCACGUGAUGAACCUCCUGCGGGAGCAGUCCCGGACACGCCCUAUCACCCCGAAGGAGAUCGAACGCAUGGUUCAAAUCAUCCACAAGAAGUUCUCGUCCAUCCAGAUGCAGCUGAAGCAGAGUACCUGCGAGGCCGUCAUGAUCUUGCGCUCCAGGUUCCUUGACGCCAGGAGAAAGCGACGGAACUUCAGCAAGCAGGCGUCAGAGAUCCUGAACGAAUACUUUUACUCACACCUCAGUAACCCCUACCCAUCCGAAGAGGCGAAGGAGGAACUUGCCAGGAAGUGUGGUAUCACUGUGUCACAGGUGUCGAAUUGGUUUGGAAACAAGCGGAUACGAUACAAGAAGAAUAUAGGAAAGGCACAAGAAGAAGCGAAUCUGUAUGCAGCAAAGAAGGCAGCAGGGGCAUCACCAUACAGCAUGGGUCCUGCUUCCCAGGGGACACCCACCCCAAUGAUGUCACCUGCACCCCCAGGGGGCCCACAAGACAGUAUGGGGUAUAACAUGAAUAUGAAUGGGGGUGACUACAAUUCCUCAAUGUCAGGUUCACAGCCCCCGUACACAGACAGCAGUAUGGGAUAUGACCCGAUGCACCAGGCCUCCCGGCUUCUAAUAAAGGAUGAACCUGUAACUGGAUCGCAAUCAUUGCUUUACAAGGGUGGUCACGUUACACCCAAGUCGGGCUCCCCACCUCGACCGAAUUCUGGAGGAUGGAAUCCACAAGGUCCUCCACCCCGGGAACAGAUCCCAGACUUCCCUCCGGUACAACCUCUGCACCCAGAUGAGGAGGACAGCGGCGACAGCAGUGAUCCAGAGUCUGUCAAAAGACAGAAACUCUAGGACUGUCCUAUAGAUUGCAGCAUCAAAUGAGAAGGUUAAUAAUAAUAAAGUGGGCCAUGGAAGCAAUCAAGCCAGGAACAAGUCUUAAUUUUGCAAGUACUUUGUUGAAGAAACAAAGAAAAAUUAUUAAAGAAAUGAAGAAAAUAAGAAUACAGACUUGCCGAGAGGAAGGGAAAUUCAAGAUGAAUUGUACUCGAGGAUUUUAUACACCAGGAGAGAAUUUAACUGGUGAAAAUUGGCCGCCACUUGCUCUAAUGUUGACUGUGGUUCUUUUAAGAUAAAACCAAUAAUAGCAACACAGAAUAAAUUAAUGGUUGGCUUAUGUCUACAAUUGUGAGAAAAUGAUUACAAGGCGGUAAUCCUUUCACUAACUCUAUUAAAUGCCACUGCACUGAAGAGGGAAAUAUGGAGUAUUGCAACCACAAGUCAAACAAGUUAGCUUUAAAUGAUCACUGAGGUAGACAAAAGAAAAGAAUGAAGAUAGAUCAUGCACAAGUGGAAGAUAAUUUGACUAAACUCAGCCACAUGACUGCUAAUUAAUGAAUUAAGUUCAUCUUGUAUUUGGUUUACUGUCCACAAAACAAAUGAUUGUUGUCGUACUGAAUCCUUGUGUCUCAUCCUAUUUGGCAAGACAGUGAAUGUAUGGGACUGUGUAGCUGUAAUCCAGAGAUAUAAGCUACCAGAAUAGACUGUAAUAGGAAUGAGAAGAUAUUCAGAGAGAAAGACCAACUUUGUGCCAGGUGUAAAUUAAAUUUUACAUUUUAUUAUUAAUUUCUUUGGAAUGAUUACGUGAAACAACAGCUAUAUUUUGUGUGCUAAUUACACUGAUCCCUCUACAUCCAGUCAGUAGGAGAGGCAAAAAAAGUAAGGACAUGAAAUUAUUAUGCAUGGAAUGGUAUCAUUAUUUUCAGUGGAUAAUGUGAAUUAUAAAUACUCUACAAAUCUUGGAACUUUUGUUUAGUAAUGCAGAAUGCUAGUUCCUUACAUCUCAUAUACAUUAUAGCAGCUGAAGGACUGAGCAUGUCUGUAAAUUCUUAAGUGAAUGUGAUGCUAAUGCAAAUAUGUUACAUAAAUUUGUUGUGAAAUUUAUAAUUAAAUUAUAUAUAAUGACACCAUAAAAUAGAAUGGUAAUGCAUAAUUCUAAAAAGUUUUCUCUACAACUUUUGUUUAGAUUAAAUUUUAAUUUACAUCAAAAUAAAGACAUUUUAUAAAAGUGUAUAAUUAGCAUUGUAUCAUAAAGGCACUGCAUAAAGCAGUAGUGUGGUACAUGGAUUCAGCACGACCAUUAUCAUUUUCUUCAACCCUGUUUGUCCAAGAAUAGAAGCUGUGAUUAUUGCUGAUUUAGAACUGUGGCAGUAUCAUUGUUUUCUUUAUCCUAUUUUUCAGCUAAAUUUAACAUGUUUUAUCAGUUAACAGAAGAACAUAGUAUAACUACUAAUAUCAGAGACAAACAUAAUUAUAUUCACCAUUUGAUUGCUUCAUGUUUCUUAACCUUAUGAGUCACAUAUAUAAGUUAUAAUUUUAAUAUAAUAGGUGUAUUUCUUGUUCAGAAGGUAGCUGAUUUUUUUAAAUAAGGAUAAUGUGAAGAUAGGACAGUGAUUAAUAGAAUAUUGGUGGUGGUGAUGUCACUAAUUUGACGAUUUUAAAAUAUUCGGGUGAUAAACUAAAACUGAAGAGGUACAUUCAAGAAUGUCAACUUUCAGAGGAAAUCAUGUCACACGCGAUGGCAGUCUCCUGGUCCUAGUAAAUUGUAUUGUUUGAAUUACUAAGUUCAUGGCUCGAGUGUUACGGCUCCGUACGCGAUGAUGAAGAUGUAAUUGUGGAGUUCAUGUAGCAAGUGCUAUUAUUAUAAAAUGUGAUUAGAAUGAUUCAGCAGAUCAUGAAUCUUCAUGUCCUUUACUUCUGCAGCAAUAGCAACAUGAGAGACAAAAGAAGAUAACAGAAGAGAGAAAAGGACAGUAAGAGUUUAAGAUAUAAGUUUAACAUUUUUAAGUCAUUGGUGGUCCAAUCAUUAUCCAAAAUACUCUGUGAGAUGUUUUCAUUCUCUUCAAUAUUUCUUGUUUGCUAGUUAGUAACCAAAGAAGACACAGUGUUUUAAUCUCCUAAGGAAGCUUCUUUUGUGACACAAGAUAUUCAUUCCAUGGUUAUUAAUACACAGACAGUUCAAAGAACACAACAUUUAAAAUAACAUUAUGACUCUGGGGAUCAAAUUUAUUUGUGUUUAAAUUAACAGUUUUUAGAUUUUUACAAUCAAUUAUUUUUACAUUUAGAAAUAUAUUGUGAAUGAUAUGUCAUUACCCACAUAUUUUAAUAUUUGUAAACAGUAGUAGUUGGGCAAGG